UCGCAGAGCACCUGCUUGAGACCUCCAUGGACUGCAGGCCGCUUCAAUAGCCCCCUUGCAUUCCAGCCUGAUCGAGUAACUUCACCAUGAUUCUCUCUCACUCAUCUCAGCGACCUGGCCAUAGGCCAAAAUUGAGCAUCCUGUACUUCUUACCUCAGCGAGGGCCUGGAGCAACACUCGCAGACGCUCAACCUCGUUCAGCCUGCCUCGGUUUCAGACACUGGCGUUCUCAUAAUCACCGGCCCCUGAAGUGCCUGCAUAGCCGCGGACAUGCCUCCUCAAUCGAACGAAGAAUACGAGUUGCGGUGUGCGCAAGCCUUAUCCGACGAAACGAUUGCCGUGGAAGGCAUGCUAGAUGAGGAACGUGCACUGCUCCCAGCAAGAGAUGCUGAUAUUGGUGGCAACGGAGACGAGGCUACAACAGAAGCAACUGCUGCGCUGAUAGCAAAAUCAUCGCCUUCACAGCCAUCCUCGGAAAGUCAAAAAGUCAUCCGGCGAAAACGUGUCCCAGGCACGGCCCCGGACCCGGAACAUUCCAAUGAACGCACGAUGGGGGAACCUCAAGAUAGCCUGCUACCCCCGUCGAAAGGCUCCUUCAGUAUUGCAAGAGCUCGGGUUCCCAAGACUGGGACAAUCAACAAUUGGUGGAUUGAAAUAUCGUCAUGUAUCCUGGCAAUCGCAAUGCUGUUUGCAAUUGCGAUGAUAAUUGAUCAAUUAUCAAGGUCGUUCUUUGCCCGAAUGGCCUUAUGGCAUUUCAAUCAACGCCAUCAUCUCAGCAGGUGCAACUAUCAUAAAGGUGGCGGUUCUGUUCGUUAUUGCAGAAGGACUCAGCCAGCUGAAAUGGGAAUGGCUAAAGGAACCCCGGCCGCUGACAAUUCUGACGAGCUACGAUGCCGCGACUCGAGGACCCCUAGGCUGUUGUCAGCUGAUGUUCAACCUACGAGGCCGCAGUCUUAUUGCCAAUCUCGGUGCCGUCUUGACCAUCUUGACUCUGCUGAUCGACGUCACCACUCAACAAGUCGUGUCUUAUCACGAUUGCAGAGUGCCCUCGAGCUCUCGGAAUGCAUCAAUUCCGCGGUCAAGUAGGUUCUCUAAAUUUGAUAGCUCUGGUCUUGGAGAAUCACUGGACCUACCUCGAGAGAUCUCUGUGUUCGGUACAGGAGUGUUCAUCCAUAGAUGCUGG